AUGAAUAAUUUGAGAAAGGACUACGUCGAUUCCACUCAGGAAGAAAAAAGACUAGAGGAAAAUAAAAAACAUGAAAAAUACUGGUACCGUUGGGGACCCUAUCUAAGUGAAAGAUCCUGGGCUACCGUCCGUGAGGAUUAUUCCUAUAAUGGGGAUGCAUGGACACAUUUCCCCUUCGAGCAUGCUAAUGCGAGAGUCUUCCGUUGGGGGGAAGAUGGUCUAUUCGGUGUCUCUGACAAUAAACAGCACAUUUGUUUGAAUUUGGCACUUUGGAAUGGUAAGGAUGUUAGAUUGAAAGAAAGAUUGUUUGGGCUAACAGGUCCACAGGGGAAUCAUGGGGAAGAUGUGAAGGAAUUGUAUUAUUAUUUGGAUAAUACACCAACCCAUUCAUAUAUGAAGGCCCUAUAUAAGUAUCCCUUCACUCAGCCUUUCCCCUAUGAACAAUUAGUAGAGGAAAACGCAAAGAGAGGAUACGAGGAUAAGGAAUUUGAAGUUUAUGAUAUAGAUGGAUUGUUUCAUGAUGAAAAGACUGGAGAUAACCAUUAUUUUGAUGUCACUUUUGAAAUGGCGAAGGGCGAUGAUAACCCGGAUGAUUUGAAUUUUAGAAUCACCGUUCAUAAUAGAAGUAAGAAGGAUUCUGGUGAGUUGUAUGUGGCACCACAAAUUUUCUUUAGAAAUACUUGGGGGUAUAAUCCAAAGCAAACGGAAGAGAAUGGUACGAAACCAAUCUUAACGAGAGAUGCAAACCUAACAAACUUAAUUAAUGUAGAUUGUCAGAAAUUUGGAAAAAGUCAAAUUGUAUUUCAGCCUUCUCCUGGUGGAUUUGAUGAAGAUACCACUGCGGAAGAUAUUGAUCCCUUAUUAUUAUUCACUGAAAACGAAUCUAAUUUGGUGAAAUUAUUCGAUGAAAAGGAAAACCCAUCUGAAUAUUGUAAAGAUGCAUUUGAAGAAUAUAUCGUCAAUGGAAAGCACGACACCGUGAAUCCUCAAAAUAAAGGUACGAAGGCUUGUGCUGUCUACCAUUUUGAUAAUAUCCCACCGGGGGAAUAUGUUACCGUGAGAUAUAAGUUUACCAAUGAUUACAAGAAUUCAAUCUUCCAUGCUGAUGAUAUUGCCAUCGUGGAUGAAGAUGAUUUUGAUUCCAUUAUUGACAGACGUAAUGAAGAAGCAGACCAAUUUUAUUGGAGAAUCACACCAUUACCUAUCAGUGACGAAUUAAGAAACAUUCAAAGACAAGCUUUUGCAGGUUUAAUGUGGACAAAGCAAUUUUAUAAUUUUACUUAUGAUGAAUGGUACAACGGGGAUAGCCAUGUCAAACCUUCUCCACCACCAAACAGAGCUAAUGGAAGAAACAAGAAUUGGAAACAUCUUUACAUCGAAGAUAUUUUGUCUAUGCCUGAUAAAUGGGAAUAUCCAUUUUUUGCCUCGUGGGAUACUGCAUUCCAUUUUAUUCCAUUAGCCAUGAUCGAUCCUGAAUUUGCCAAGAGACAGUUGGAUUUAUUAACAAGAGAAUGGUAUAUGCAUCCAAAUGGUCAAAUCCCAGCAUAUGAAUGGAACUUUAAUGAUGUUAACCCACCAGUGCAUGCAUGGGCUGUUUAUCGUGUUUUCAAGAUUGAGAGAAACAUUUAUGGUCAUGAAGAUCGUGUCUUCCUAGAAAGGGUUUUCCAAAAAUUGUUAUUAAAUUUCACUUGGUGGGUUAAUCGUAAGGACGCCGAUGGUAAGAAUGUCUUUGAAGGUGGAUUCUUGGGUUUAGAUAACAUCGGUGUCUUUAAUAGAUCAGAGCCCUUACCUACAGGUGGUACUUUGGAACAAGCUGAUUCCACUGGUUGGAUGGCUUUCUUUUCCUUGCAAAUGUUAAAUAUUGCUUUGGAACUGGCUAAGGAAAACCCUGUUUAUGAAGAUAUUGCUUCGAAAUUUUUUGAACAUUUUAUCUUGAUUAGUGACUCCAUGUCCUUUGAUUAUAGCUUUGAAAAUUCAGGUGAUGGUUUCUGUAAGGAGAUCGUCAAACAAAACCUAUGGAAUGAGGAAGAUAAAUUUUACUAUGAUGCCAUUUCUUGGGGUGAAAACAAUAAGGAACAAUUACAUAUUAGAUCACUAGUUGGUUUAAUUCCAUUGUAUGCUGCAAUGACUCUAGAACCUAAGAUCUUAGACCAAUUCCCAAGUUUUAAGAAAAGAGUGGAAUGGUUUGUUGAAAAUAAACCUGAAAUGUUUGGUAGAAAUAUUGCAUCCAUGACUAGAAGAGGUGUUGGUGAAAGAUUAUUAUUAUCGUUGGUUACUAAGGAAAGAUUGGAAGCUAUUUUAACCCGUAUGCUAGAUGAGGAUGAAUUUUUGUCACCAUAUGGUAUCAGAUCUUUAUCCAAGUAUCAUGAAAAGCAUCCAUUUGAGAUGGAAGUUCAUGGUCAAAAAUACGAAGUUAAAUAUUUACCUGGUGAAUCGAAUUCAGGUAUGUUUGGUGGUAACUCCAAUUGGAGAGGUCCCAUUUGGUUUGCUACAAGUUUCUUAAUUAUGGAAUCAUUACAAAGAUUUUACCUAUACUACGGGUCGAAUUUCAAGGUGGAAUGUCCUGUUGGUUCUGGUGAAUAUUUGAAUUUAGCUGAAGUUGCAGAAGAAUUAGGUUACCGUAUGAUUCAUAUUUUUGUCCCAGAUGAAAAUGGUGAAAGGGCCAUUAAUUAUGGUGAACAUUCCAAAUUCUUAUCUACAGAUCCAUAUUUCAAAGAUUAUGUCACCUUUUAUGAAUACUUUGAUGGUGACACUGGUAGAGGUCUUGGUGCUUCACAUCAAUGUGGUUGGACCGCUUUAAUUGCCAAGUGGAUUAGCGAUGUUGGGUUGUCAUGUCUAAGGUUACCUCGUACUCCAAGAGCAUCAGUGUCUACCACAAUAACCAAUGAAACUAAUGAAUCUGAUAUGAACGAUGAUAGCAAACCAAAGAGAUGGGCUAGACGUAAGAGUGCAAGAUCAUUAGUAAAUUUCACAAGCACGAUCCUAGAUUUAUCAGAAGAAGAAAAGAGAGAACAUAGAAAAGGAGGUGUUUCAAGUGGUCUAACUCCACAAACAAGUAUAACUGACGAACAGGCCAGAGAAUUAGCCAAAGAAGAAGCUACCAAGUUAGAAGGAGAACCAUUAGAAAAGGGAUUGGAAGUGGUCGAGGAAACCCCUAAAACGACAUUAACUGAGAAAGAAGUAGAAGAGUCAACAGAAUCGGAGAAGAGUGGGACUAUUACACCUAAGGCCGAAUCAACGAUAAUGAAUAAAUUAAAGGAUAAAGUUAAAAAAAUGAAGAUUGGUGGUAAGAAUGAGAAUAGUGCAUCCACCACUAACCAAAACUAG